UUAAACUUUUCGAAGUAGGCAGUGUUUCCGUAGAAGGACAAAGACUUAUCACAUGGAAUUGACAGGUUAAUCAAUUUCUCAGCAUAAGAAAAGUUAGAUCAACUAGAAAUAUGGAUGUUCUCAAAACGAACGGAGUUAACAACAACGCGAAUCCUCAGCGCGUUGCCCUGAAAGAAACACAAGACUUGAAAGUUAGACUGCAAGAAUGCCUUCACUUAUCGACAUCGAACAACCAGGCUAAUCGACAAUUGCAACAGGCAACUCACAAGCCGAAUGGAUGGAUAAAACAAGAACACUCUUCUGCACAAAAACAUCGUCAACAUCAUCAUCAUGUUGAACGAACAGAUGACAAAUCGUCUGCACAUUCACGAGAUGAAAAUAAAGAAAACAACGAGAAAGAAAACUUAAAGAAGUCUAAGACCUGUUGGUCAUUGGACGACUUUGAUAUUGGCAAGCCGCUUGGAAAAGGCAAAUUUGGAAAUGUUUACUUGGCAAGGGAAAAGAAGAGUAAAUACAUUGUAGCCCUCAAGGUCUUGUUUAAAUCACAGCUAGAGAAAAAUAAUGUGGAACACCAACUUAGAAGAGAAAUUGAAAUCCAGUCUCAUCUCAGGCAUCCCCAUAUCCUUCGCCUUUUUGGUUAUUUCUAUGAUAAGACAAGAGUUUAUCUUAUCUUAGAGUAUGCUCCAAAAGGUGAACUGUACAAAGAGUUGAGUAAAGUUGAGAGAUUUGAUGAGAAAACAUCCUCAAAUUAUAUUCGUCAACUAGCACAAGCCUUAAAGUAUUGUCACUCAAAGAAAGUCAUCCAUAGGGACAUCAAACCAGAAAAUCUUCUACUUACUCUCAAGGGAGAUUUGAAAAUUGCUGAUUUUGGUUGGUCAGUUCAUGCUCCUUCAUCAAGGCGAACAACACUAUGUGGAACACUGGAUUAUCUCCCACCUGAGAUGAUUGAAGGAAAAGCACAUGAUGAGAAGGUUGACCUUUGGAGCCUUGGAGUGCUGUGUUAUGAAUUUCUUGUUGGAAAGCCUCCCUUUGAAGCUGAUGGUCACCAUGAAACCUAUCGCAGAAUUUCAAGGGUUGACCUCAAGUUUCCAAGUUAUGUAUCUGAAGGGGCACGAGACCUAAUUUCUAAGCUUCUGGUGCAUGAUCCAAGCAAACGGCUUCCCCUUGGUGGUGUGCUUGCACAUCCUUGGAUAAGAAACAAUGCACAGGCCCCAGAAAUGCAAUCUACUUGUAGUUAUACAGCAACAAAGCAUUAGUUUCACACAUUCUGCAAAUUUAUUAAUAGUUAAUGUAAAUACCAUAGUAUGUCUAUAAAAAACUUAAUUUGUAUAGGCGGGAAAGUUUAUUUUUGCUGAAGCUGUUUAAUUAUGUGCCACUAAAUGACAAAUGAGACUGGCAGUAUGUCUUUAACUUCAAUGAUAAAAAAUUCAGCACUGCAGAGUCAUUUUAAGACAAACAUCUUUACAAAAAAAAGCUUCUAUUAGUUAGUUUACCUUUAUUACAUUUACAGUGUGUGCUCAAUUUCUCACUGGCUAAAGGCAAUGACAUUAUUGUAUUGUAAAAUAAACUUUUUCCCCAACUUCACUACAGCCUUUAAAAUGGAUAUUAGUCAGUGCAAUUACUGUAACACAAAAGAUAAUGUGUUUGUGUUAUGUGGUAAAAUGCUUUAAUGAACCAAUUAAAGUAGUUAUUAGAGAUCCUAGGCUACAUUUCAUUUAUCACCUUCUUGCCUAGUUUUUGGGAAACAAUUGAAAGUAGAGUUUAUCAUUGACUUCACAGGUGGAAUUUUUUUCUAAAAAAAAAAGUGCAUGAGGCUUUUUCCAUUCUUUGACCAAUAUUAAUAAAUCUUGUUUGGAUUUGUUGCAAACCAGUACAUUUGUAAUAAUGCAGUGACUAUUUGAUGUAUUAAAAUGUUUCCAUCUGCCAAAAGACAUAUUGUUCCUUCACUUUUCAAGUUGUGGGGUUGUAAUGUGUAUUCCCAUUAAUGCCUUUAAGUCAACAGUGUUGUAAGGAAUGAUGGACUCAUUUCAAAAAUUUGUGCCCGUUAGAACCAUGUUACCACGUGGGUUUUGCCCAGAACAAAAACAUUUAGCAUGAAAAUUUUCAUUUACACAACAAACUAAGAA